UACUUGGUUGGCAUUAUAUACGAAAUAGCACUUCCUCUCUUCUUCUUGUUCUGUCCUAAUGUUCUUCUUCUACCGCUAGCUCUACCCUCUUCUCUUCACUCCACACUCUUCUUUCCUCUCAGCUUCCUAUUUCUCUUUCUUGGAGAGGGGAACAGACCCAUGAAGAGGCUAGUAACUGUGCUUUUACUCAUAGUAUUAAGCACUGCUCUGGAAGGCAAUGGAGAAGAUGAUCAUGGGCCUUGUAAACAGAAAGUGUUGGAUCCUAGGCCUCACAGUGUGUCAAUCUUAGAGUUUGGGGCAGUUGGAGAUGGAAAAACAUUGAACACAGUUGCGUUCCAAAAUGCAGUUUUUUAUGCCAAGUCAUUUGCCGACAAAGGUGGUGCUCAACUAUAUGUUCCAUCUGGCAAAUGGCUUACCGGAAGUUUUAACCUUACCAGCCACCUUACACUCUUCCUUGAAAGAGGCGCAACCAUCAUUGCAUCGCAGGAUUAUGCACACUGGCCUGCAGUGGAUCCCCUACCGUCCUAUGGUCGGGGAAUUGAUGUUCCAGGUGGAAGAUAUUGCAGUUUGAUUUAUGGACAGAACUUAAGCGAUGUGGUGAUUACAGGUGACAGUGGAAUUAUUGAUGGGCAGGGUUCUGUUUGGUGGGACCUAAUCAGAAUUCAUUCCUUAAACUACAGCAGACCACAUAUAAUAGAACUUGUUAGUUCUGAUAAUAUCGUAAUCUCAAAUUUGACCUUUUUAAACUCUCCUGCUUGGAGCAUCCAUCCAGUGUAUUGCAGCAACGUUCGAAUCCAAAACAUAACAGCUCAUGCACCAACCGAGUUCCCUUACACGAGUGGUAUAGUUCCAGAUUCUUCCAACCAUGUUUGCAUAGACAACAGCAGUAUUAGCACUGGUCAUGAUGCAAUUGUGCUGAAGAGUGGUUGGGAUCAAUAUGGAGUUGCCUAUGGCAAAUCAACCUCGAAUGUUCAUAUCAGGGGUGUUUAUCUACAAUCAUCAUCUGGUGCUGGCCUAGCAUUUGGAAGCGAGAUGUCUGGAGGCAUAUCUGAUAUAAUUGCAGAGCAUCUCCAUAUUAGAAACUCAACUAUUGGCAUUGAACUGAAGACAACUAGGGGUCGAGGUGGCUAUAUGAGAAACAUCUCCAUUUCUGACACAAAAUUGGAAAACAUUUACUUGGGUAUUGGCAUGACAGGCUUCUCUGGCUCCCAUCCAGAUGACAAGUAUGAUCCUAAUGCAGUUCCGGUUGUUGGAAAUGUUACUUUUGAGAAUGUGAUUGGCGCAAAUGUUGCUAUUGCCGGAAAUUUUUCAGGAAUAGUUGAUUCACCUUUCACUCCUAUCUGCCUUUCAAACGUGACUUUUUCUACCAGUUCUGAGUCAUCUCCUUCAUGGUUUUGUUCUAAUGUAAUGGGAGUCUCUGAGGAGGUGUUUCCUGAGCCAUGUCCUGACCUGCAGAAAACGCAGCCCAACUUUUCGUCUACCUUUUCUUCUCUACAUCCAUCUUCUAGUUAUGUCUCAAGCGCUUGA